ACUUAUCAUUUUCCAUUUGAAUUAUUUCAAGAAAAUGCUAGCAGAACUCACUCUUCUUAUGCCUAAUUGUUGUAGACCAUUCUUUUAUUAUGUGCAGUACUGAUAUUAAAUUAUAAAUGCUUUAAUUAACUUUAUGAAUUGAAAAAGAAACUUAAACACGUUGCCUAAUGCACAUACCAAAACAAAAAUGGACCAAAAUCAACAUUUACAUGCCAAACGUACGUAGGUCUUAGCUCUACUGCCAAAGAUUUUUACCAUAGGGCGCUGCCAAACCCCACUCAGCGUAUACUUUUACCAAUGCAAAGACAACUUGGCCUCAGCACUUGGAACUUCGUGGGAUUACAACUUCCCAUUCCUUCCCAAGAGCAAUUUUUUAUUCCCAACCUAAAGCUUUAAAUACCCAUCACUUCCCUUGGCUAGUACCCACCAACCGGACCUACACCAACAAUUUCGUAGUGAAUAUGGCUGCCACUCUCAUCCAACUUACCACCAUCCUUUUUACCCUCACCCUCCCUCUAACAUUCCUUGCCUCCCCCUCUCCAAUGGCCUCUUUCAUUGCUGAGGAUGCAGAAGACUAUGAAGAGUACAUAAUCGAUACCCCAUUCCACAGCACUGGAUCCUUGAGGGGUCGGCUUUUGGCGAGUGUUGUAAAGAAAGGUACACAUUGCGAGGUUAGUAGCAACAUAUGCAAUGGGGUUUCUGCGAACAAUGGUGCAAGCCGUCUCUUUUGCUGUAAGAGUCAUUGCCGGAAUGUCCUGCGAGAUAGAAACAACUGUGGGAUGUGCGGGCACAAGUGUCGUUUUGGUCAGCUUUGUUGUGGUGGUAAAUGUGUCAAUGUUGGUUUCAAUGAUCUUCAUUGUGGCAAGUGCAACAAAGCAUGUGACUCGGGGGUUAAAUGUGAGAACGGUUCAUGCGGAUAUGCAUCUUGAAUCAACCAAAAGAAUUACUAUGUAGGAGCUAGGAGUCCAUGCAUAGAGAUUUAAUUUUAUUGUCUUAUUUUUUAAAUUAUUUUUUUCUUUUGUAAUUUUAACGGGUAUGAUGUUAAUUUGUCACACCCUAAUUGCUUCAAUAAACAUAUUGAUUAGUUGAAUUGUUGUAUUGAUUAGGGAAAUAA